AUGAGUACCCUUCCACCACGUCGCUCAUGCAUCUUCUGCCCCUGUGCAGAGUUUUUUGCCACCAGUGUCGACCCAGUGACACAGGCGUUCUUACCUAGAGCAAAUCCGAACAACAAGGAUGAGCAGUCAUUGGUCACUGGAGCCCAGCCGCCAUUUGUAUUUGCGGUGAGAGAUGGAGCUAUCAUCAAGCAUACAACCAAUCAAACGGCUCUUUUAACCUCUGUACCAAUCCCGGCUCCUCUGUCCGUAACAACGACUCUUCAGGCACAGAUGCCCCCCCCCAUUUCCUUGUUUACUGGCAUGCCUCCUCCUGCUUCUGGAAGCGCCCUUGCCAACCUACUUUUCUGGCCUAAUGUCACCUCGGGGAUGUAUGAGCCUUUCGACAUGCCGACCUAUGACUUCAAAGUUACGGGUGGCCAAUUUAUGGAAACACUUCAAACCCUUAAGCGUCAUCACCUCUUCUUCAAUGUCGUUCUUCCUGGAAAGGUUGACGAGCCUCUGGACGGUCCGCUCACCUCUCAAAUUCUCGCCCACUUCACUUCCCACAACCUUGUUCUCCCCUCUGAUCCUAAUCCAGGAUCCGGUGAUAUUCAUUUCCACCAGCGGCCCUGGGUUUUAAUGCAGCCAAAAUUGAAAAACGCGACUUUGGUUUGGAGUAUUGAGCCACAUCCUAAUAUGAACGCCAAUACCUUUAACCAUACCAACCUCGUAAGGAUAACGUCAAAAUUCAAAAACCCGGAACGUGGAAGCAAGACAAUGAUGGUUAUUCUUGGUGCUUUCUCUUAUGAACUUUCUUUUCAAGGCUUGCUCACCAGUUCUCUUCAGCUCCACGGUACGGUCAUGUAUCAGGUAUCCUACAGCCAUCAUGGAUUGGAGAAGGCAGCUCUGCGAGCGCUCUUGAUCAACACCAUCCAUGCUUUGCCCAGCAAAUUACGGCAGGAUUACCUCAUUCAGGACGGCCUCGACACCCACCUGUGUGCCUUACAAAUUUAUGCCCUGGGGCUGAGGCCAUUGACACGCCCACAAAUGAGGUCACCUUUCCAUCACAACGACCUGCUUCUGAGUCUGUUCAACUUCCUGAAGUUAUUGAUGAUGAAGCCCCCCCUCGAAACUCUCUUAUUCGCCCACGUUCCAUCUCAAUUUUUGAUAAUACCAGGUCCAUCACGAUCUCAUAUGCGACCAUCCACAGUUACAUGGGUUGAUGUUGUUUCAUCUGACGAUGACUUUCCAACUGCUAUUCUACCUCAGAAUGAAAGUAGAUCAUCCGCCAAUGCGCCAAGGCUUGCAUUCCCUUCUGAAGUUGAAAAAUGGCAGGCCGAGGUCAUGAAGCUUGUUGAGGCCCCACAGAAUGAGCGUCAACAAGUUCAAAUUCAUGGUCGAACGAUCCACUCAAUGUCAGUUGCCCUGAUCGACCUCCUCAUUCACAUUCAGCGAUCUUCAAGCGACACCAUUACCUCUACAUUCUCAGCAGGUCCCGAUAUCUUCACCUGUAAUGCUGAGGCCCCCCUUGUCGCGUUUCUUGCUAGAUCUGCAUUCCGGGUGUACAAAGUAGGCGUGACAAUGGUUCGCCGUAGUGGCAUGCCUGUUGCUGUGGCCCUUGGUCCUGGCCCUGAACGUGCUACAAUUCAUCAGGCAUUGCACUUGAUUAGUCAAGAUUCGGCAUUCUGGUCACCAUAUGAACACUCUGAAUAUGUUGUCCCAUGUCUUUCACCAGGCUCAUCAGCUAUUCAUGAUUGCGUGGCUCGUUACAAGGCGCAUGCCUUCUUGCUGGCUCUUCACUGUCUAUACUACGGGCAAGGUACCGUUGUGAGCUUCUGGGUUGUGUUAGCACUCGUUAUGGGCCCGUCAAGCAUGCUUCAGACGCCAGCGUCAAUGAAUCUCAUGGACCCUGUUGCUGCCACUAAACUCAAGCCUUGGUUCGACUUGUCCCCAACCAAUCCUCUUCCAACCGAUCUACGUCAUCCAGUGAAUCAACUCAUCAUUGAUGUGUUGGAUAUUCAGCCCAACAUGUUAUCGAAUCGUCAGACCCCCCAAGAUCGCGAAUACUGGACGAAGAUGCUUUUCUCUAAAUUGUUGCUUGGUCAUCCUGAUCCCUGGAACCGUCCCGAGUUUCUUGCACUGAAGGAUGGUUUCAAUCUUGUGCUCAGGCAGAACCCUACUACACGCAAAUUAUUUGAUCUGUUUAAACCUGGGAAAUUUUCAGCAUUUCAAAUAUACGGUUGCAUGUACAACCGUCAGAUUCGCAGUGUCGCUGACGUCCUUGAUCAUAUCCGCUUUCAUGUCAUUGGUGAUGCUGCAGAGUCUGAAACGCUGCAACUUCUUGCUGGUAUAUUUGAGAUCCGUGUACGUAAAUAUUUGCAAGGAGUCGGACAUCCCAAAGUUCUUUGUGGAGACAUCGUCUCCCAUGACGAGUAUGCCCAGGAGUUGAACAAUCCCUUGAAGCGCGUACAGGCCUUAAUGGUUGCUUCCUCCGACUCUCUUCUUCUCCCAAUUGCUGAGGAUUGGGCAAUCUCAUUCCGCUUCUACAACGAUGAUGCUGCAGCUCAAACUUCACAAGAGAGCUCAGCCCUCAAAUUCCACACAUGCACCAUGGAGAUCGAUGUCUUCUUCAGCGAUCAUCUUGAGCCGCUACUCCUUGCAGAAGUUGAUAGUACGGGUUCAUCUCCAGACUUCGAACGAUGGUUCCAUGCCCAACUUCUCAAUACCAAUCAGAAAAGAAAAGCGUGCCUGCCCCAUCUUUCCUUCUACUCUAUGCCUCGUCAACAAAGAUCCAGAGGUCGUUCAGCAGCUACCGGGGCUCAACGUCCGGGGCGACCAAGGCGUGAAAGGCGAGCACCACCUCAAGCAGAUGAACCAGUGACCUAUGCUACUGAUGUGAGACGAGGAACGCCAGGCCAGCCUGAGAGCGGUGCAAACGGCUCUCACCAGAUGAUGGCUAUCGACGAUGUAGGAGGGGCUGGCACAGACGCAGAGUGUCAGGUGGAAUCAGGCAAUAGAGACGAUGUUGAAGGCGCCCCUCUUGGGGCAAAUCUUGCUGCUACGGGGUCUCAAGUUUCUUUCCAAACAGAUCUUUCAAAUGAUCCUGCUGCAGAAUUAAUAUGCCGACUUAUCAACCUGAGGCGCGCAGCCACAGGAGAAGACGACUCAAUAGAGCCUGUGGUCUCUGACUUGCAAUCUGUUGACCUUGAAAUGACUUGGAGUGAUACCCCUACUUUGGACAUCGGUGCAGAGCAGCCUCCCAUCGUCAUUGACUCUGUUGUGUCGUCCACCCCUGAAUCUAGAGCAGUCGAGUUACCGCUGUCACAAGCUUCGGAAGCUGGGACCCCAAGCCACCUCUACUUUAUCGGCAUUCGGGCAGCUGCACAGCAAACCACUCUCUGUGAGAGAGGAAACGGGGGACACGCCAACAGACCUCAACCGGGCGCUGUUAUUCAAGCUCUCCUUGAUGGCAAUGGUCCAGCUGGACGGACUAUUGAAGCUCUCAUGCCAGCAAAUCAAUACUACGUUGGCUCUGCUGACUAUCCCAUUGACGCUUCGGAAGAUUUCAUGAACUAUCGCCAUAACUUCAUUGAACUUGGUCGACUCGAUGCCAUACUCCUUCCAUUGACCAUAACUUCCCGCCUCCGGUGUUUAUCUCCUUCAGAUGCCAGAACUGCACUUCUGUCUCGCCUCCGGCUCAACGACGAUGUCAAAGUUUAUGUUCUAUACUUCUAUCACGAGUGCCAAAAUCGCUUGGUAGCCAGCGGCAGAGCACCCAUUAGUGGUGAACAACCUGACUUGACCCCUACUGCUUUGGAAUUGGCGCAGGUCACGGCAAUCUGCCAGGCGCUCGGUAUUCUUUUCGAAGGUAGCCGUAUCACCCCAGCUACCAUUCAGCACGAUGGGCACACAGUUACUGUUCAUCCGGAUCAAGUUGUGACCUGGUUAGGGCUUGUUCCAGCCACCGUCAACAGCAUUCGAACCCAGUUUAAGAAGACGCGGGAUGCCCACCAUCUUCUUCGACAACAGCAAUUCCGUGAGCGUGAAGGACAUCCAGGUCCAAAUCCCCUACAGCCCAAGCACCUCAAUCUUCUGAGCACGCUCAACGUAAUGCUGGCACCUAGGGUCAUCUCCGUUAGUGAUGAUGAAUAUCUUCAAGGCAGACAGGAAGAAGGGGUCUAUAAUGCGUUGACAAAGAAAAUCGGCCCGUUCAUGAAGGAGAUUCAAGAGGUUUUGGAGACAUGGUCUUUGUAG